GAUCAUUACCAUUCCAUUAUAAUUAUCACGUAGAUCUACUCACUUAAAUCAGAGAUAGAGUAAUAAUUUCCUUACUUUAUCUCUGGUUAAAUUAAUGGCUGGAACUGUUGGCCGAGGAGCUCUCCUGCUUCAGGAUGUCCAGGGAGAGAAGAGUGGAUCCCUACUUGCAUUCAGGAAGAAGAGAGAUGUAGCUGUCCUAAGAGGAUCUCUUCUUGUUGCCCUCCCACCUAAAGACGCCACAUCUGGGGCUGAUGGGAAACCAGCUCACAACUACAGUGUGUACAAUGAAGACAUCACCUUGUACUGCUCUGAAUAUGACAUUGCCCCACUCACUAACUACGAGUAAGUUGCUCUGUGGAAUAUCAACGUUAGGAGCACGAUACGAUGCGUUCAUUAGUGACAAUCAUGAAUGUGCCUCAAAAUUGAGACUGGGUGACACUGUGUAUGUUGCAUUACCAACUAAAGAAGCCAUCGCUAACACCGGUUGUCAAGCUGUGGUGAGGUGGAUUGGAAUUCUAGCUGGAGAGAUUGGGACAAAUUUUGGAAUAGAAAUCAUGGAGGAGAAGUAUCGAGGGUCAGGGUCCACCAAUGGCAUCUUCCAAGAUCGUCAACUUUUCAUGUGUGCCGAGAACUGUGGGAUGUUUGUAUCCCUGGAGAGGCUGGCUCCCACACCCAACUUCCAUCCAGCAAGAACACCGACUGCUCAACUCACAAAAGCCACCCUACCUAACCAAGUGCUCUCUCGAUUGAGGCUGAAGGCAGACAGUGAAGACAAAUCACAGAAUAUGCCAGGUGGUAGAGCAAAUACCUCUCAUGCAGGACCAGCAGCAAGUACUCGCUCUCAAGGCCGACAUAAGAACAGUGGGUCUCGCUUUUACAGAGGAGACAGAGUGGUAACUCACAACAAGGAUCAAGUCCCCAUUCAUGGUACAGUGAGGUGGACUGGAGAGUCCAAUACUAAAGGUGGUAAGGUGAAUGUCAUCGGAAUUGAAACGGAUGUUCCCGUCCAAAGAAAUGACUUUUUUGUUACUUUUACUGGAUUGAGUUCAAACUUCAGAUGUGAAAACUCAAAACACGGCAAAGUUGUUGUUCCUGAAGCACUGGUUCGAACAGAAAUGGAGGAAAUUAAAGAAAAACAUAGGAUAGUUGAAGAGAAGCAGAGAAGAGAAGAGGAAUUGUCACGCCUGCAUGAGGGCACACACCAUAUUGAUCCCAAUGAGAAAGAUAUGCUUCGUGAUGCCAACAUUGAAUCUGUGGCACUGAAUCCAGCCGAACAGGAGAGGAUGAUUCAAAAGUACAAACGAGACCUUGGAGAAAAUAAGCAGCAGCAAGGAUCCAUUGGUCGUCCCAAUGUCCCAGCCAAUAGCCAUCUACAUCGUGGGUUGUCACAAGAUAUUCGGAAUAGUCCUGAAGCUCCACUAUCGACCACUCACAGGCCAAAGAAUCACAUUUAUGACAAAGUUCCAUUAUCAAGCCUGGGUAAUCACUCAGCUAGUGCAGGCAACAUUCUCUCUCAUCAGAACUCCCAACCUGGCAACACACAGUCUGGAGAGAAUGCUAUGCUCAGGAAGGCCGAUGUUAAAACUUGGGAAAUGAAUGAACAAGCACAAAAAGAAAUGAUCAAGAAAUUUAACAAGCAAAGAGAUGAAAAGCUCAGCAAAAUGGAAGCUGCUAGAGUUAUAAACCCUUCUGGUUCUUAUGCCAAUCCACCCGACAACCGUCAUCGUGAGAAUUAUUCGCCAUCUAUCUAUGACAACAUGCCAGGAGCUAGCAACAAGCAGCCUACUAUUGCUCCUCCGUCUCAGGAUUCUACCAAGCAUCUAUUUGUAAUUGGCUCUCGAGUUGAAUUUUCUGACCCACCUCGAUACAGUGAGAUUCGCUGGAUGGGUACCUUACCUCAGGUCAAUGGACUGAUUGCUGGACUAGAAUUGGAGGAGGAUAUAGAGGGCUGUACUGAUGGUACCUGGCAGGGGACGAGGUGUUUCUCUUGCAAGUACGGCCGAGGAUUCUUCUGCCCUGUCACAGCACUUCAUCCUGACCAGCGUGGAUCUGCCCCCUCACAAUUUGCUGGAAAUACUCCGACACAGCUACCACCACUACCACGUCCUGCUGCUCCUGUGGAUGUCUCCGUGGGAUCUGCUGUUCAGUUUGGUGACUCAAGAAGCCCCUGGUACGGGAUUGUGAGAUGGAUUGGGAUCCUCCCUGGCGAACAGGAGCUAGUGGCAGGGAUUGAGCUGGAGGAGUAUUCUGAUGCUAGCUAUAUGUUUUCUGCACAAAACUCGACCUGAAGUACGGCCACCUCGCUAUUCCGUUUACCGGCCAGUGCUGUCUGUCCCAAACAAGGAAUGGUGUGGUGAGGUUUGAAUCAGUUAUGAAGAUGAGAAACAAGCUGGGUGAGCUGGGAAAGAUGGAGGGAAUCACUGAGAAGGAGAAAG